AUGGCAACCUUUUGGGUACAGAAUGCGAGAAAAUCUGGGCAGAUCGGUCACAGUAUUUUAAGGAUUUCUAGGUUAACUUUGAAUCAAAUAAAUUCAAACUCUAGGAGGAAGAUUAUCACAUCAUGCUGCUGUCGUGGGAUUCAUCACAAACCGGUAUUUGUUUCAUUACUGAAAGACAAACUUAAAGGAAGUCUUAAUAGGAGCCUGGGUCCAUGUUACUCCACAAAUUCACAUUUGUUUCCUAAAGAAGUGACUAGUCCGGAGAAACUCACGCAAGAUGAAAUAACGGCCCUGCACCAAAAUAUUUGUAAGGAAUUAAUUACAGAUGAGAGAUCUUUACAAGAGGUUGCACAGUACUAUUUUGAUGGAAAAGGCAAAGCGUUUAGACCCAUGUUGGUUUUACUCACGGCUGGUGCAUGCAAUACUCAUACUCAGGGUUCUAAUAGUAAACUGGUGGAUACUCAGAGACGGAUUGCAAUGAUAGCAGAGAUGAUCCACACAGCGAGUCUCAUGCAUGAUGAUGUCAUCGAUAAUGCAGAUACAAGGAGGAACAAAACAGCAAUCAAUGAAAUGUGGGGACAGAGAAAGGCAAUUUUAGCUGGAGACUUUGUUCUAUCAGUUUCAUCUCAGGUUUUAGCAAGAAUAGGAAACGAGGAAGUUGUUUUAAUUCUUUCCCAAGUCAUAGAAGAUCUUGUUAGAGGGGAAUUUAUGCAACUUGGUUCUAAGGAGGAUGAAAAUGAGCGCUUUGCCCACUACCUCAAGAAGACGUUCAAGAAAACAGCAAGUCUCAUGGCUUACAGCUGUCAAGCAGUAGCAAUUCUGGGUGGUUGCAGUGCUGAGGUGUGUCAGAUAGCCUACGAGUACGGCCGGAAUACAGGCAUGGCAUUCCAGCUGAUAGAUGAUGUAUUAGACUUUGUAUCCAGUGACGCCGCUAUGGGGAAACCGACGGCUGCUGACUUGAAGCUGGGCCUUGCAACCGGGCCAGUGCUGUUUGCUGCCGAGAAGUUCCCAGAGUUGGAUGCCAUGAUCAUGAGACGGUUUAGCGAGACUGGUGAUGUAAUGGCUGCAAGGGAAGCUGUUGCCAAGACUGAAGGCAUCGAGCAGACAAGACACAUCGCUAACCAGCACAGCUUAGAAGCUCAGAAACAGAUCAGUAAACUACAUCCCAGUCCAGAGAGGCAAGCACUUAUAGAACUUGCACAGCGAGUUGUUACAAGAAUAAAGUAAAUCCGUAGUUGAAAUCCUUGUGUCAGUGCAAGAAUGUUGGAUCUCUAAAAACAGCCUUUAUGCAAUACAGGUUGUGAAAACUGCACAAUGUUGUCUUUCACCAUAACUACCCCUGAUGUGCACUAGUGUACACAGAAACCCGGUUGCGUCAAAAUGAAAUGGUGUGAGACAAGACGUCCUAAUGAAAUAGAGGAAACACGUUUUGCAUAGAUUUCUAAAAGUAGUGACAUUCUAUUAAUAAUUAGUUUGUGCACCACAGUGUACCCUUGUUAUAAAGAUGCUCAGCUUAUAAAGAGUACAUUCUGAAGUCCACAAUCUCAUUUCUGCUGUGUUUGUUUCUCUUAUAACAGCGUUCCUCUUAUAAAGAGGUUAUUUGGCCAGUCGCAGCAAACUUGUUAUAACAAAAGUUUACUCUACUAGUGUAGAGUGCUUUGUAAAGCAUUGAGGUAUGACAAAACCCAAAUGAAUGUUAUGUAAAAAUCUCAAAAGUCUACAAUCCUGGAUAAACCUUGUGUCGCCUCCACUUAAUUUAAUUAGACAACAGAUUUUAAGAACUGGACAUCAAAUAAUUAUGGAUCUUUGUUGCUCCUAUUCCUGCUGGAUCUUCCAAGGAAUUGUUGCUUAAAUCUAAUUGGAAAUUUGAUUCCCAUUCCUUUUUGCAAUCUACCUCAAUGCAAUACAUAAUUUAGUUAGCAGGAAAACCUUAAAUAUUUUCCAAAUAUUUCUUUGUUUUAACCAGGAUUGUGUGCGUGUGUGUGUGGGGGAGGGGCAACACAAACCCGAAGGCCAACAUGUGGGUUAUCACAAAAAAAGGUUUUACAGUCAGGGUUGAUGUUUUCAGGAACUGUAAUUAUUUUCAUUUGUUUUGAAAGUGAGCUGCCGAGAUAGUACUGAUUGUAGAAUUUGUCUUUCUGUUGGUAAACAAGGAGCAAGUCAUGAAUACUGUACAUGUGUAACUGUUUUUUAAAGACAUUAAUUUGUAAAUAUUAUAUGUAAAGCAUGCUCCGUUUCACUGGUCAAAAUUCCUUGAAGGGCCUUUCCAAUGAAUUAUUCAUUCAAUAACCAGUGUGUACAAAACCCAUCUUGUUAUCUUAAGUCAUUGAAAGUGUGUGAUAGACCCUGAAAACGUAGAAGAAAUUUGCAAGUGUCAGAAAUUGUUGCAGGAUAAAUUGAUAGAAACAUGUUCUAUCUUUUUUUAUGAGAGCAGUGUUUUAAUUAAUAUUUUUUUCAUCAGAAAUUAUUAUGUAAAAUAUUUUAUAUCAAAUAAUUAGAAUUUAA